AUGGGGAGGCCUAACGACGGUCAAAUUCUACCACUGAUCAUCAUCAUCAUCUCAUUAUUUUCUCUCAUCUUCGUCAACUCAGCACAAGCCCUGUGCGUGCCCCGCAACUUCUCAAGUAAUCACGCCCCUCCAAAACCAAAGUCUCCUCCAAAGAAAGAUCCUCCAGCUAGCCAUGUUUCUGCCCCGUCUCCUCCAUCGGAGUUGGCAUCGCCACCGUUCUCUUCAGAGACGCAGACGUUUAUUAUUCCUCCAUCUCCAGGAGCAACUCCACCAACAAGAAGAAGCCACCACAAAGAACAUUCAAGAACCCCUCCUUCGGGAUCUACAUCAAGUCAUCAUAAAUUACCUCCAUCCCCAAUUCAUAAAUCAAUGAAUCCCGCCAUCAAAAAAAUAUGUGCCACCACAGACAACCCUUCUCUUUGCCUCUCCUCUAUAGCUCCAUUUCUGUUCGGCAAGAGUGACCCCCUCUCUGUGCUUGCGAUGGCAAUAAAGGCUUCCCUACGACACACAAAGAAGGCAAUGUCGAAGGCUUCACAGCUCGCCGCAGGAGCCGACCCCUCUCCUUCCGUCGAGGACUGCAAAGACAGUUACAGCGAUGCUUUGGAUAACUUUCAGAAUGCCAUGGAUGCAAUCCAUCCUCGUGACAUUGGUACAAUCAAUAGCAUGCUUAGCGCAGCUUUGACAGACUUUGACACAUGUGAGGAUGGGUUUAGCGGAGACUCCCCAUUAUCAUUCUACGAUGACAAGGGCUCCAAGUUGGCUAGCAUUUGCCUUGCCAUUGCUUCCUUGGUGAAGUGAUCCAUUUUCUUUCGAUCUCUUUAGUCUGUAUUUGAUUCUCUUCGGUUUCAUUGUGUAAGAGUUAUAAUAGCAAUAAA